AUGGGGUCCCGCCAUGUUCCUGCUCGCACAGUGUUGUUUGAGAGAGAGAAGAAUGGAGUUACAUACCGAGUGCCUGCUCUACUUUACAUUCCACGCUGGUCCAUCAUGUUGGCGUUUGCUGAGGAGAGGCUAAGCGCAGAUGACGCUCAUGCUAACCUGCUUGUGUUACGCCGUGGAACAUUCUACCGCAACUAUGUGGAGUGGGAAGAUAUGCAUGCUGUGGAGAAGGCCUGUCUACCUGAUCACCGUUCCAUGAACCCAUGCCCAGUCUAUGAUGACUUCACAGGACAGCUGUUUCUUUUCUUUAUUUGUGUUCUGGGAAGGACAACAGAAUCUUACCAAAUUGUCACUGGAAAUAAUUUAGCAAGGCUGUGCUAUGUGACAAGCACAGACCAAGGCAGGAACUGGAGUGAUCUUACUGACUUAACUGAUGAAGUGAUUGGAGAGUCACUGAAAGACUGGGCCACUUUUGCCCUGGGACCAGGUCAUGGUAUUCAGUUAAAAACUGGGCGUCUCCUUGUUCCGGCAUAUACAUACCACAUCAGCUGUAGAAAUUGUUUUGGGAAGUUGUGCCAGACCACACCUCGAGCUUUUGCAUUCCGAAGUGAUAAUCAUGGUCAAAGCUGGAUGUUUGGAGAACUAAUUCCAAAUUUGCAGACAGUAGAGUGCCAGCUGGUAUCAGUCGAUGAAGAAGAUGGCUCCAACCUCCUGUACUGCAAUGCCAGAAGCUCCCUAGGAUAUAGGGUACAAGCUUUGAGUUAUGAUGAUGGUGCAGUAUUUCAACCAGGACAGCUUGUUGAGAAGUUAAUGGAGACGGCCAAUGGUUGCCAUGGAAGUGUCAUUGGUUUUCCAGCCCCACUGGGCUUUCUUUCUAGAUUUAUGUUUAGUCAUUCUGAAAAAAUUUUAAAGUUGGAAAAUAUACAGAUGUGGACAGAGAUUCUUUCCAGGACAAAGCUAGACUUUCAGGUUCCAACCUGGGUUCUAUAUUCCCAUCCUACCAAUGCUAGGUCACGUGUCAAUCUAGGAGUCUUUCUCAGUCCAUAUCCUAAGGAUGCAGAUAGCUGGACUGGCCCAUGGGUCAUUUAUGAGGGGCCAAGUGCAUAUUCAGACCUGGCAUACCUAGAGUUGCCACCUGGUGAAGCUGAUCUACCUGAAUCCCCACCAGUCAUUGCCUUUGCUUGUUUAUAUGAGAAUGGCCUUAUAUCCCCCUAUGAGCAGAUAUCAUUUAGCAUCUUCACCCUUUAUGAAGUCAUCCAGAGCCUACCUCCUAAUCCUAGCAACUUUAAAAAGAUAAAAAACGAGAGUAGGAUGAGAGAGCGGUGUACAACUUUUUAA